AUGACGGACGAAUUUCGGGGUGCACUGGAGCGUGUGCUUGAGCAGUCGCAGCGGCGGCUGCACUCCGAAAUUCUAGUGUUGUUAGAGGACUGCUCACCUGCAAAGCUGCAAAGCAGCGGAAACCGUGAUGCAAAGCUGACAGCACUAGACAGCCGCCAGCUAGGCCAUGAUUUGAGGGAGCUGGGUGCCUCAGACGACCUGGCUGGUGCAGAUAACACAAUUGGAAUUCUGCCAGGUGCCGAUUCCAACAAUCCAAAUGUUGUGCCCAUGCACAGCAUCAGUGGAAGGAGGUCAGUUACUUAUGACCUUGCAAGAAAGGCUAGCGCACACCCCGAGGUGGAGGCAGCACGGGUAGCAUCAAAGAGGUCUGUAUCUUUGACGGAUGUGCUAACAGCUGAAAUGGGAACGCCUAAGGGAUGCAUCGGUAUGCUUGUAAGCUCUUGGCAGUUCGAAGCUUUCUUUGCCACGGUGAUCCUCACGAACUCGAUCUUCAUAGGUGUUGUGCUUCAGUGGGAAUCUGAAAAUAGGUUCUCCAGCACACCGAGAGCCAUUGUUGCCAUCAGCAUUGGCUAUGGUGCUUUGUUUACGGCGGAGCUCCUCUUGAGGAUGAUGGCUGCUGGUCUUCGGGACUUUUACUGUAAAGCCAACUGGGCAUGGAACGUUUUCGAUACACUGGUUGUUGCCAGUGUUCUCUACGAGUUUUUAAUGGACACCCGCGACGGCGAGACCGACCAGACCACGAGCAUGAGCAGCAACUUGCGAACCUUGAGGGUUGUGCGGCUCACGCGUCUCACGCGCAUCGUGCGCGUCUUUCGUUUAGCACGAUUUUUGCGGCCACUCCGAACGUUGGUGCAGUCUAUUCUUGGCACCCUCAAGGCUUUGAUUUGGUCCAUGUUGCUCUUAACGCUCAUCAACUACGUUUUUGCAGCGAUUUUUACAGAUAUUGUUGGCAACUACACGUCAGACUCAGCACAGUUGGAAGCGGAUGAGACCCUCCAGCGAUUUUUUGGAACCUUGCAAUCUUCGUCGCUUACGCUGUUCAUGUCCAUUUCAGGUGGGUUGUCCUGGAACGAGGCAACCUAUCCUUUGAGACAGAUCGGCUGGCUUUGGAUCUAUAUAUUUUGCAUCUACGUCGCUUUCUGCCUUUUUGCAUUGUUAAACGUCAUGACAGGGGUUUUUUGCAAUGCUGCUAUACGGAGCGCGGAGCGAGAUGCAGAGAUGGCGGUGCAGACCCUCCUGAUGGACAAGCAGCGCCUCGAUGCCCUUUUGGCGAAAUUGUUCAAGAAAAUGGACACCGACGGCAGCGGCAAGCUCGACAUUGCAAAGUUCGAGACGUACUACCAAGAUGAUGAAGUCAGAGCAGUUUUUGAAGCGAUUGACCUUGGGGCACAUGAUGCAUGGACGUUCUUCCAAAGUUUAGAUUAUAACGAAGACCACCAAAUCGAAGCGAAGGAGUUUCUAGACGGCUGUGCAAGACUGCGGGGGCCUGCCAAAGCAGUGGACUUGUUUGCGUUGCGUACCCAAACAGCAAAGAUCCGCAAAGAGCUUGCCUUGGUUGCGGCCAAUCAGAAACACAUUCUUGGUGCAAUGACAAAUGACCAAAUGUUCGUGCGAAACUUGGGCACUGGCAAAAAGCCGGGAACCAAGUUGAAACUGUGA